AUCUUUGUCCCAAACUUCACCAGAAGCUGCUGACUGCACGCGCUGAAGGGCGGACCAUAAAGGAGGAGCGCAGCGCGCGCACAAACACACUGCUGCCUCGAGGACACAUCUUUCUGUUCCUCCUGGAUUUUAGAGGGAGAAGAGGGGAAAAAAAUCUCUUUUAAUUUCUGUUUUCUUUUCUAUGGUUUUCUUUGAAUCCCCCAUUUGGGCGUCAGAUCCCGACAGUUAGCAGUGAGCCACUUUGGGGCGGACAUGGAGCCCUACACGGUCCCCGGAGCCGCAGCGCAGCUCUCUCUGUCCGACCUGUACUCCGUCAUCCCCUUUAACGUCACCCUCCCGGAGGAGCUGGCCGAGCUGAACGCCACGGAGCCCGGCAGCCCGGUGAGGGGCGCCGGGGGAAUGGUCAUCGCCGUGUCCAUCACGGCGCUCUACUCGGUCAUUUGCGUCGUGGGACUGCUGGGCAACGUCCUCGUCAUGUACGGAGUGGUCAGAUACACCAAGAUGAAGACAGCCACCAACAUCUACAUCUUCAACCUGGCCCUGGCCGAUGCCCUGGCCACCAGCACGCUGCCUUUCCAGAGUGCAAAGUACCUCAUGAACACCUGGCCCUUUGGGCAGCCUCUGUGCAAGCUCAUCAUUGCCAUUGACUACUACAACAUGUUCACCAGUAUCUUCACCCUCACUAUGAUGAGUGUGGACCGCUACAUUGCUGUGUGCCAUCCCGUCAAGGCGUUGGGCUUUCGGACACCAGUCAAGGCUAAGAUGAUCAAUGUCUUGAUAUGGGUCCUGUCGUCCGCGAUUGGGGUGCCGAUUAUGGUUAUGGCUGUGACCAGAGUGACAGAGGCUGGUAACAUUACAUGCAUGUUGAAAUUUCCGGAUCCUGACUGGUACUGGGACACCGUGACUAAGAUCUGUGUUUUCAUCUUCGCCUUUGUGGUCCCUGUGAUGGUCAUCACUGUUUGCUACGGCCUGAUGAUCCUGCGUCUGAGGAGCGUCCGUCUGCUCUCAGGCUCCAAGGAGAAAGACCGCAACAUGCGGCGAAUCACCCGCAUGGUCCUGGUGGUGGUGGCGGCCUUCAUCAUCUGCUGGACCCCCAUCCAGAUCUUUAUCAUCGUGAGGACGAUGGUGGAGAUCAACACCAGGAAUACUUUUGUCAUAGCCAGCUGGCACUUGUGCAUCGCCUUGGGCUACACCAACAGCAGUCUCAAUCCUGUCCUCUAUGCUUUUUUGGAUGAAAAUUUCAAGCGUUGCUUCAGGGAUUUCUGCCUGCCCUGUCGGACCCGCACGGAGCAGAACAGUGUGACCAGCGCCCGCAACACCACUCGGGAGCCGGUGUCUGUUUGUGCUCCGACCGAGGCGGGAAGGAAGCCUGCAUGACUAGCCGAGGAGAGGGUCCUACUUAGCUCCAACAUGAGCAGAAUCCAUCAAGAUCCACAGUCACAGGACACCCUGAUCUCCACCACAGAGUUUUGAUGCCCAGUGAGGGUGAAGUACUGGGGUAAAAUAAGCAGGAAUCUCUGAGCUCACUGUCAAAAACAGUGUCUGACUUUGACAGAUCAUGAAACAGAAUGUUCUUUGUUUUUAGCUCAGAAUAAGAUGGUAGCAGAGUUCAAGACAACAGCAGCAGCUGGUACACUUAGAAGGAUUUCAGUGACUGUGCUGGCAGGUGAAACAUCCACAUAAAAAAAACAAAAACAGCUUCAGUGUUUGGUUUUUUUUUGCAUUGACAAAGUGAGAAAUAUAUGACACACCAAACCAACGAUGGCUUAGUGGAAGAGUCCUCUGCUUGAACUGUUUUGAUCAAAAGGAGGCCACAACGAUCUGCGCUGCACUAGAACGUGUGAUUGGAGGAUUUUUAAGUGUUUCUUGCUGAAUAUUUAGAAAUACAAUCAAUUUCAAAUUAGAUGGAAGGAUACAUAUCACAGACCCACUUUGAGAUCAAAAUUUGUUGGUACUCAGCUGUCCACUGGUGACCACCACUAGCAACCUCAACCACGACAACGGCUUAAUGCCUGCAGACUAAUACUUCAGAGGCUGCCAGUGAAAUUCGGUUCAAUUCUACUCCACAACGAUAAUUAGAAAAAGAAACUCUGAGGUCUGUCUCGCUCUGUUGGACACUUGUGAAAAGUGGCACGGUGCUCUCUUAAGCGAUGACUCACUGGGAAAUUCAGCUUCCUCAAUCAGACCGGAGCCAGCGGUCCUGGAAGCAGAGACGGAGGUGAUGAAUGAUGACUUCAGCUGAGCGGACAUGCUUCACACGACUGUUUGUAAAAGAAGUCAAAUCCAGCUAAGUGUGGGUUUUCCUGCAAGUUCAGAGUUUAAACUAUGACAACAGAGAGAGGCGUUUGAGAGACAUUAAUCACAUCUGAACUAAUAUGUAGCCUUUCAAAAGUAUUAACACUACUUUCACUUUUCACCAUUUUCACUUUGUGUUGAAUUAAAACUUGUGGUUUGACUCAAUAAGAUUUUCUUUAACAGAGUUAAUUGCAGGGUCUGUAAUUAACUUAAGAGAAGGUGGAAUGAUGAUGUAAAUGUUUGCAUUAAAACAAUUUAAUCUUAAGUUACUUAAACGCUGAGGUGCUUUGUGAUUGGUUCCGCUUUCUUCCCUCUGAAUAUUUAGAUUCUGCUGCUGUCUCUUUAAUUCACACAGAAACAUAAACAAGUGAAGAGACUUCAUGUGUAAGAACAGUUUACUGAAACUGUUGGACUUUCUCACUGGCUCUGAGAUGGAGACAAUAAAUAGCACAAGCUCUGUAAACAACAUGAGAUGUAAAUGUACGCCAUGUGAUUUGUUUCCUCGUGUGUUACCGUACUGUGUGCUGCAGAGUGUGUAGCUGUUCAUCCUAUGACUAUUGCUGCCUUCGUUGGGUGUGUGAAUGUCUCUCAGAGCACAUAACCUUUGCGAAUUUACAUUUCUUCAGGAAAGAAUGUAAUGUUCUCUACAUUAUGAAUACAGAUAUUCAGUCUCCAGCAGAUAUUUUUGUUUUAGGCUAACAGUACCAAACAUGAUGCAAGUUCUUCUUCUUUUGGAUGCUUCCUGCAGGGAUCACUAGACUGAAUCAUUUGCAUUAAUUUCAAAUGAAUGAAUGCAAAUUCAGUCAUUUAGUGUUGUUAUUCACUACAUUCAUGAGUCUUGUUUUCUCUGACCUUCCUCUCCUCCUGUAGCUUAGCUCCAAAUUCUGACUCAUAUGUCCGUAUCCGUCCUCUCCUGACCUCUUAGCUUCUCUGGCUUCCCAGCCUAAACUGCCCUUCUAAUAUAUAAAUCUCAACCUCAUCAGUUCCAGUAGCUGCCUUUCUAUUAACCAUAUAAUUGCACAAGCUGACAUUUUGAACAUUUAUUUGCUUAAUGUAAACAUACCAAUUUGGAAAAAAAACAAACAUUGUUUUUCCAUAAAAAGAGUUGGUGCUAGGAUGAGGUGUUUUUUUUUGUGGCUUUAUCGAACGUGCAACGGAAACACGAGUCACAUGAUCAGCAACUUGAUGUUGUCACUGGCACAGAUCAUGAAGACGACAUGUUUUAUUAAUGACUUAUUUAUAUGGGAUUUUUAUUGGUUCUUAAUUAAUGGAAACAAUACAAUUGUGGAAUUGUAUUUUUUUGACAUAUUGAAAACAUUUUUCUCACAUUUGUAAUGGAACUGCAGCUAAUAGAAACCUUUCCUCCAUCUCUGACUCUUCUUGCCUUCCUCUCCAUCCAGUUGGCCAGAGGUAAUUAAACUCUCACUGUUCGUUUAGCCACUAACUGCAGCUCCUUCUAUUAACCAACAUAACCCUGCACCAAAAAAUAUAUAUUUACAUAUUGUAGAAUCAAUCCAGCACCAGGUAAGUACAGGGUGAAUACCAAUUCUGAUAUCAAUAUUUUUGAUUUAUGUUUGAUAAUUCAUCAAAUUUUUCACAUUUUAGGUUCCAGAAGUUUCUCCUGUGUUCAAGCAUAGGAGAGAAUUUGGUCACGGUUUAUAUUUUAAUGACACAUUAACAUGACAAACAGAAACAAUGGAAAACCAAAAACAUAUAAAAUGCAAAAAAACCAAAAAAAACCAAAAGAUCAUUAGAGAGCAAAUCAAACAAAUCAUUUUUGAGAUAGAGUUAAGAAACACAAAAAUAAAUAAAAACUUCAAGAGCGAAUCUGAAACUAGAGCAUCGAUCUUAAGAUGCUAGUAUCAAUCCAAUACAAACAUGACUUGAUGUUGAUAUUAUCAAUAUUUGUGAUAGCUCCGCCCACCUCUACUGAAAGUUGGGUUAUCGACUCACUUGCCUCAUUACCUCACCUUGUAUUCGUAGAAUGAAGCUCUGAUUAUUUUCAAAUACAAAGCAGGUUUAGGAACAUUUAUCUACUCCACGUUCACUGAACUCCAAAACACACAGUCCAUCUGUUUCGAGCUACCUUUGGCUAAUAAGGUAGCUCUGGUCAAUGUAUUUGAUGUAUAUUUUCUUGAUGAUGGGAUUUAACAAGAUGUAAUGCUUACUGUUUGUUUCAUAAUUGGUUACUGUGUUGUAUUUUUAUGAUGUAAAGCACUUUGACCUGCCUGGUUCUGAAAUGUGCUGUACUAACUGGACUUGUAGCUGGCUGCGGUUUAAGGCGGCCUUUGUGUCAGGAAGGACAAGUUUGUCCUAUUUUGACUCAUCAAGAUGGAAAAAUUUGCAGCUCAGAUUUUUCUUCUAGUUUUAGACAAAAUCAGACUGUCAGAGAUUUCACUCAUAUCUUGUUUAAGUAAAGCCUCAGUGCUGUAUUUUUUAUUUAUAUGUUGUUAAUUGUCAUUUUUGUUUUAUUCCUUGAUACUUUGUUGCUGUAAAUAAUUUAGUUUGAUGACAUUGUUGUUGUUGGUGUUAUGUUGUAGUUGUAAUGGCUUGUUUUCAUCUUGUGCAGCUCUGGUUUCAUCCUGACCAGGACGUCCUGGAGAAAAAGAUGAAUAAUCCCGAUGGAUUUCUGUCCUGGAAAAAUAAAGUAAAAUUAAAAAAAUAAGAAUAAAUGAUUUCUCAUGUCUUUAGUAUCAGGACCACUUGAGCUGAUGCAGAUGUAGAAGACAAUGUUCCUCAGUUUUCUGGAAGGUGCUAUUUGAAGUAUGCCAAUAUGACAUUCUUUUGUCAUUCAGCUGUUUCUUUUUUUUUAUCCCCAUUCCGAUCUGAGGGACUUAGUAAAUAAACUGAAUUGAUGCAGCUCUUUUUUAAAUCAUUACAAACUUCAAAUGUCUGUGCUAAAGCCAGUAGCAUCCACAUCAGAUAAACUGCAGGGUUGCAUUAACUACAUAGAUCCAGAGCAGGAUGCACCACAGGAGCAUCAAACAGUGAUAGAAACUUAAUGACUCUUCCAUCAAGUUGGUCAUUUAAAGCAACACAUUUGCUAGUGAAUCCAGAAAUCCUUUCUGUCUCUUGGAAACUGAUCUUCUGUCUUUAGAUUUUCCUGUGUGCUCUCCUCUUCCUCAUUUUCAGAGUUAACUAGUGAAUUGAUAUUCUGCUGUGUGAUUCUUUCUCCGCCGCCUCAAGAAACACCCAAAUGAUUCUUUUGCUAAUUGUGAGUGGACUGCAUUUGGUUUCUGUUUUAAUAUAGUUUCAAAACUCAAUCAUACUAGCACAACUACCUGCCAUGUUUCUGUUGCUGGCACAAGCCAUUUAGGUUACCCAGGAAAGAUAAAGACUUGGUGCCUCCUGUCCAAUUCUAAAAUACCGUAAUAAGUGUGUAAGACAGCUUUCAGUAUUUGUAGGUAUUCCUAAAGCCUCUUCAAGUCCUUUUCAAAUAUGUUCCAAAGCUGCAUUCAAAUGAAAAUGUGAAUGGUUUUCUAUUUCUAAGUUUUUAGAUGAUGUUAUGAAUUUAUGAAACAAAGAGGUUGUACUAAACUUAUAUAGCUACACCACAGUUAUAGCAUCUCCAGUAGCAUUGUUAGGCAACCUAGCUAGCAUAAAACCUGCACUAUGCAAUACAUCAAAAAAAAAAAACUCAGAGAGAGACAUGUUACCAUCAA